CCAGCUGGGCCACGAUGAGCUUUAGGCUUGUCGGGAAACGCCGACGGACCAAAGCGUGGCGCCAGGCGGAAGUGCUGCGCCGUCGUCCCAGUGCACGCCGGGAAAUGUAGUCCCUCCGGGCGGCCCAGGGCGGUGGCUGCGAGUCCCGCGGACCGGGUGACCGAUCUGGCGUGGACCCGGGAUGGCUGGGACUGGCGGCUCGGUGGGCCCGAUCGGGGCCGGGGCCCUGGCAGGCGGCGUGCGGUCCAAGGUAGCCCCGAGCGUGGACUUUGACCACAGCUGCUCGGACAGUGUCGAGUACCUGACGCUCAACUUCGGGCCCUUCGAGACAGUGCAUCGCUGGCGGCGCCUCCCGCCCUGCGACGAGUUCGUGGGGGCUCGGCGCAGCAAGCACACCGUCGUGGCCUAUAAAGACGCCAUCUACGUAUUUGGUGGAGACAAUGGGAAGACGAUGCUCAACGACUUGCUGCGGUUUGACGUGAAGGACUGCUCCUGGUGCAGGGCCUUCACCACUGGGACCCCACCCGCCCCCCGCUACCACCACUCAGCCGUGGUCUACGGGAGCAGCAUGUUCGUCUUUGGGGGUUACACUGGGGACAUUUAUUCCAAUUCUAACUUGAAGAAUAAAAAUGACCUCUUCGAAUACAAGUUUGCAACUGGCCAGUGGACGGAGUGGAAAAUUGAAGGACGGUUGCCAGUCGCCAGGUCAGCCCACGGUGCCACGGUGUACAGUGACAAGUUAUGGAUCUUUGCUGGCUAUGAUGGCAAUGCCAGGUUGAAUGACAUGUGGACCAUUGGCCUUCAGGACCGAGAGCUCACAUGCUGGGAGGAGGUGGUGCAGAGUGGCGAGAUCCCCCCUUCCUGCUGCAACUUCCCGGUGGCCGUGUGCAGGGACAAGAUGUUUGUGUUCUCAGGGCAGAGUGGAGCCAAGAUAACCAACAACCUCUUCCAGUUUGAAUUCAAGGACAAGAUGUGGACACGCAUCCCCACUGAGCACCUGCUUCGGGGCUCCCCGCCGCCCCCCCAGCGGCGCUACGGGCACACGAUGGUGGCCUUUGACCGCCACCUCUACGUGUUCGGGGGCGCAGCCGACAACACUCUGCCCAACGAGCUGCACUGCUAUGACGUGGACUUCCAGACCUGGGAGGUGGUCCAGCCCAGUUCGGACAGCGAGGUUGGUGGGGCCGAGGUACCAGAGCGAGCGGCUGCUUCUGAGGAGAUGCCUGCCCUGCCCUCGGAGGACCGGGGCGGCUUCAAGAAGUCCCGCGAUGUGUUUGGCCUGGACUUUGGCACCACCAGUGCCAAGCAGCCUUCCCCACCGGCCUCCGAGCUGCCCAGCGGAAGGCUCUUCCAUGCAGCUGCUGUGAUCUCGGAUGCCAUGUACAUCUUCGGGGGCACCGUGGACAACAACAUCCGCAGCGGGGAGAUGUACCGGUUCCAGUUCUCCUGUUACCCCAAGUGCACGCUCCACGAAGACUAUGGGCGGCUGUGGGAGAGCCGCCAGUUCUGCGACGUGGAGUUUGUGCUGGGUGAGAAGGAGGAGUGUGUUCAGGGCCACGUGGCCAUUGUCACAGCACGAAGCCGCUGGCUCCGCAGGAAGAUCGUCCAGGCGAAGGAGCGGCUGGCCCAGAAGCUGGAGGAGGAGGCAGGUCUGGCUCCCAGGGAGGCCCCUGCUGUGCCUGUGGGUGGGGCUCGGCCACCCCUGCUGCACGUGGCCAUCCGAGAGGCGGAGGCCCGGCCCUUCGAGGUGCUCAUGCAGUUCCUCUACACCGACAAGAUCAAGUACCCAAGGAAAGGCCACGUGGAGGACGUGCUGCUCAUCAUGGACGUGUACAAGCUGGCGCUGAGCUUCCAGCUGUGCCGCCUGGAGCAGCUGUGUCGGCAGUACAUCGAGGCCUCUGUGGACCUGCAGAACGUGCUGGUCGUGUGCGAGAGCGCUGCCAAGCUGCAGCUGGGCCAGCUGAAGGAGCACUGCCUGAACUUCGUGGUGAAGGAGUCCCACUUCAACCAGGUGAUCAUGAUGAAGGAGUUCGAGCACCUCUCAUCCCCACUGAUUGUGGAGAUCGUCCGGCGGAAGCAGCAGCCACCGUCUCGCGCCCCCUCAGACCAGCCCGUGGACAUUGGUACCUCUCUGAUCCAGGACAUGAAGGCGUACCUGGAGGGAGCCGGCGCGGAGUUCUGUGACAUCACACUGCUGCUGGAUGGGCACCCCCGGCCAGCCCACAAGGCUAUCCUGGCUGCCCGCUCCAGCUACUUUGAGGCCAUGUUCCGGUCCUUCAUGCCUGAGGAUGGGCAGGUGAACAUCUCCAUCGGGGAGAUGGUGCCCAGCAGGCAGGCCUUCGAGUCCAUGCUACGCUACAUCUACUACGGUGAGGUCAACAUGCCUCCUGAAGACUCGCUCUACCUGUUCGCGGCCCCCUACUACUACGGCUUUUACAACAACCGGCUACAGGCAUACUGCAAGCAGAACCUGGAGAUGAAUGUGACGGUGCAGAAUGUGCUGCAGAUCCUGGAGGCGGCUGACAAGACGCAGGCGCUGGACAUGAAACGGCACUGCCUGCACAUCAUCGUGCACCAGUUCACUAAGGUCUCCAAGUUGCCUACGCUGCGCUCACUGAGCCAACAGCUACUGCUCGACAUCAUAGACUCCCUGGCCUCCCACAUCUCCGACAAGCAGUGUGCAGAGCUGGGCGCCGACAUAUGAGGGCCCAGGCGGUGCCAGCCCACAGAUGGAGAAUGACCAUGCCUGACCUGCCCCCUGCAAAAACUGUGUUGGCAAUCCUCAGGCCUGUGACAGUGGUCAGACCUGCUGGCCAAAAGACAGGGUGCCCAGAACCUCAGAAGAGAGCUGAGGGGACAUGGGGGGCUCCAAAUGCCCUGUUUCACAAAUGACAGGCCUCGCAGGAAGUGGAUGGUGAAACAGGCCCCCCAGGUGGCAUCCUCUCCUGGGAUGGAGGCGUGGGUGGGAAGCUGGGGCUCAGUGACGAUAGGAAGAGGCAGGAUUCCUGGCCAGGGUCCAGCAGUGGGGAGAGCCCAUCGGGGAGCUGAUUUUGGGGUCCCCAUCUGACAGGGACCCAGCAUGGUUGUGGAAAUGGCUACAGUCAUGUUGCGAAGGUCUCUCUAAUGUGGGGGUCACACAGGCCCCCCUCACCAAGGUUGGUAUAAGGGGUCCCUGGAGCUUAUGCUGGGCACCUGAUGGGCAGAUGGAUCUGAUUCAAGAUGAAUUUUGGUGUGAAAGGCCCUGGGGCCAGUUCCUAGCCCACAGGGCCAACCACUCUGGACUGGGUCUGGAUUCCAGAGGGACUUCAGGAUCCCACAUAUCUGUGUGCCCAUCCUUCUGGGCUGUGCCAAGAAGUCAGUAAAGAUGCCCCCAGUCCCUGUGUAUCCCUAAGUAUUCUGUCACAGACAUGCCUCCAUUGAAGCCACAGCAGUGCUACCUACUACACACACCUUGCUGGUGUCCCCACCGGUGGGCUCUGGCCUUAGCCUUUGGCCCUCCCACAGCUGUGGAUUGGCCAUGUGGCCCAAUUGCUUGGCAUUGGUCAGUCUUGCCUGGUUCUCUGUCAGCAACUUCUCACCCCCACCUGAGGCAACAUGGAGGAAGGGGCUGUGGCAGGAAUCCAGGCUGGCUUCUCCCACCUCAGCCUAAGCCUGGGAUGCCUGCACCCCCCAUAUGCUGCACCACAGGCUCCUGCAUGGGCUGGAAAUGCAUCCUUUCCUGUUCCCCCACAGAAGGCCCUGUGAUUCCACCCCAGUGCGGAAGGCACCGUUCAGCCUCCUUUCUGGGAACAAUCCCAGGGACCCUCUGCCCCAGCUUCCAGGAAGCCAUGUGGGGGGAAACGAUCUUUCUUCCCUGCCUCAGGGCUCACUUCCUCUGGCUGUGCCUCGUGCAAACGCAGCACCUGCCACUCGGCCCUGCUGAAGAGCCUGGAUGUAGGCGGGUGGGGGCCGCUGUGGCAGGUGAGCACCCUUAGGCAAGGGAGCCCAUCCAUAAAGGAGAACGAGCUUGGGGACCUUGGGGGACAACCUGCACAUCCUGCUCUGCAGUGGACAACUUGGGACCCUUGUAACUGGUCACUUGACUGUCUUUUCUAGACAUGCUGUCAAUAAAUGAAGCCACAGAAAAAGCAAAUUUCA